AUGGAGAAUCUAUCCAGGAUGUUUGGUGACCAGAACAUCUGGGAGACACCUGCGCCACCUCCGAAGAAACCUGAGCCUCCACGCCCACCACAUCGUAGCAGUCGUCCCCAUGGCAGGCAAAACACCCAGAAGCCCAAGGCGAUGGAUUAUCCAGGUUCGAGCUCCGAUGACGAGUACUCAGAAAUGAAGACAAGGAACUGCGCGAACAAAGUUUUGCCGCGUACGAGUGGAAAACCUGUCGAACGAAGCGGCAAGGGCGCCAGCAGCAGUGGACCUGCCGCUUUCUCCGAGUUCGAGCAGAAUACAACCGCCCUACAGGACCUUGGCCUCAGCGAGGGGGACAAAUCCCCAAAAGGGGAGGCCUUUAUUGCGUGGAGGUUCCUUGUACGCUACCCUGAGAUGUACGUGGGCAAGAGCAACAAACCCAAAGUCAUCCCGUACUUUGAGGAGAAGGCCCUGUUUGAGAACCAACAGUGGGAUUUCUUCUAUCUCUUCGAGCCCGAUGAGAGGAUCGAAGAUCCAAUCCUCCUCGUCCCUACCCGCCAGUUGUGCGCGCUGCUACGCAGAAUCAACAGACAGCUCAAGAUCAACCUGACCAUUCCAGGUGGUGGAAAUGAGAAGAAAUUCUAUACGCAUUUCGGCAUCUUGGAUACACCUGUUCCUCGCUACCUUGGUCGCACAGAUGAUUUCGCCUCGUACAACAAGCUUCUACGCGUCGUGCCACAGCCCGAGGCAGAGGACGAUCUCACGGGCCUGACUCAGAUCCAGCGCGACGAGUUUGCAGAGAUUGUGAAGAAGACCAAAGAGAGUUGGCAGGGAAGUAGUAAGGGCAAGGGCAAGUCGAAGAAGCGAGCUGUGCAGCGUUAUGAUGAUCGGAAAGAAUGGGGCCGCACCACCAAGCGUGUUCAGCGGUAUCUGGGCCUGCGCGAGAAGGCUAAUACCUUCGCGAACUAUCGUGCGUUUACUGGGCAGGAGCCAGAGCCUGCCGAGGAUCUCACGCUUGAUGUCGAAGCUCCAGCUCCUUUCGAGCAAGACGGACAUGUCGUCUUUGUUUGCUUCGAUAUCGAGACCUAUGAGAAGAACCCUGGUCUUGUCACUGAAUUGGGGUUUGCCAUUCUUGACACCCAGAAGCUCGUCGGCGUUCCACCUGGUGCUGGUGCUCGAGAUUGGUUCGACUUGAUCCAGAGCCGCCACGUUCGCAUCAAGGAGUAUUCUUACAUGAAGAACACGGAAUACGUUGAAGGAUGCCCAGAUAGCUUCAUGUUUGGAACUUCCGAGUUCAUCCCGUUGACCGAGGUCCUCGGGGUCGUCGAGGGGAUCAUGUCUCCCAAUUCGGAAUCAGGGCAGCUGAGAAAGGUGGUUGUCGUUGGACACGACGUCAAGCAAGAUGUCCAGUACCUGCACUCUCUUGAUUUCGACGUGUGUGAAAUGGAGAACCUCUUGGAAAUUGUCGACAACCAGAAACUGCACCAACACCGGAGCAAGUUUUACAACGGACAGUCUCUCUGCACCGUAUUGGCAGGUCUCAAAAUACCGUACCGGUUCCUGCACAAUGCGGGAAAUGAUGCGGUGUAUACAUUACAGUCACUUCUCCGCCUCGCUGUCCUCAAGCGACAGGAGAGCCUGGUCAGGGCGUGGGAGAAACAAGCCUCAUCCGGAACUACGAGGCGGGGAAUUGCGCCUGACGCAGAAGCAGGAUGGAGCACUGGCGGCGAGGAUACUGAUGGUGGUCAACCUACUGUCCAAUAUCUCGGUACAAAGAAGAAGAAUUUUGAGGACAUCCAAGUCGAGGAGCAGGAGACCUCCGGAGGUAACAACGACUUGUGA